CUCUCUAAAUUUCAACUGUCCAGAAGUUCCUCACUCACUCUCUCUCUCUCUCUAAAUUUUACGCGCACGCUCUCUCUCUCUCUAAAUUUUACUCACACUCUCUCUCUAAAUUUCAACUGUCCAGAAGUUCCUCACUCUCUCUCUCUCUCUCUCUAAAUUUCAAUUCUCCAGGAGGUCUUCACUCUCUCUCUAACUCUAAAUUUUAAUCUAAAUUUCACGCAGAGAAAGAAACAGUGAAGUGUCCAUGAAUUUUCUAUUUCCCAAAGUUGUCUUCUUUAUUAUGGAGUACACAGAGUCAUGGCCAAAACCAUAUACCACCUUGUACAACCAGCACCGUGGUUUUAGACGAGCUUUUACAAUUCCUCUUUGAAUGAAAGCAACACGCUCGGAAACUUCAAUUGAUCGGAGAGACAGUUGAUAAAAACCCUAGAUCAUCUGGUGUAUCAAGGACCAUAGUUUAUUUUAUACUUUACUUGGCCUCCAUUUGAAUGAAUCAAAGCUUGUUCUGCAGCUUCCAUUUAUGCACGGUUCUUGAUUGAUCGGAAAAGACUCUGUUUUUCGAAUAUCAACUUCCAUUUGUGCACAAUACUGGAUUGAAAAGCUUUGAGUGAUCGGAAAAAUCUCUGUUUUUUUUUUGGAGAUCGUUUUUCCUGUGAUCAUAAGGUUAGACCCGAAGGAGAACAGAGAGGGUCGGGUUUAAUGGGGAAAUAUCAGCCGAAGAUUGAGACCGGCGAAGGGGGAUAUGUCUUGGAAGAUGUUCCUCAUUUGACUGAUUACAUUCCUCAUUUACCUACAUAUCAGAAUCCUUUGCAGCACAAUCCAUCAUAUUCAGUAGUCACGCAGUAUUUUGUUAAUGUUGAUGACACCGUCACCCAAAAGAUUGUUGUACAUAAGAAUAGCCCGAGAGGAACACAUUUCCGACGUGCAGGUCCUAGGGAAAAAGUUUAUUUUGAGCCAGACGAAGUGAGUGCCUGCAUUGUGACAUGUGGAGGCCUAUGCCCCGGUGUCAACACUGUGAUUAGAGAAAUAGUAUGUGGCUUAUACCACAUGUAUGGAGUCACCAAUGUCCUCGGGAUUGAGGCAGGAUAUAAGGGAUUCUAUUCCCGUAAUACCAUUCCUUUGACACCGAAGUUUGUUAAUGAUAUUCAUAAACGUGGUGGAACCAUUAUUGGCACAUCCCGAGGUGGCCAUGAUACCUCUAAGAUUGUUGAUAGUAUUCAGGACAGGGGGAUUAAUCAGGUCUACAUAAUUGGAGGAGAUGGAACCCAGAAAGGAGCAGCUUGUAUAUUUGAGGAAAUCCUGAAACGUGGGAUCAAAGUUGCAGUUGCCGGAAUUCCUAAGACUAUUGAUAAUGAUAUUCCGGUUAUUGACAAGUCUUUUGGUUUUGACACUGCUGUUGAAGAAGCUCAGCGUGCCAUUAAUGCAGCACAUGUUGAAGCCGAAAGUGUUGAGAAUGGUGUUGGGGUCGUGAAGCUUAUGGGUCGUUAUAGCGGGUUCAUUGCAAUGUAUGCUACCCUUGCCAGCCGAGAUGUGGAUUGUUGUCUGAUUCCAGAAUCACCCUUCUAUCUAGAAGGAGAAGGCGGACUCUUUGAAUAUAUUGGGAAGAGGUUGAAAGAGAAUGGACACAUGGUGAUUGUUGUGGCUGAAGGUGCUGGACAAGAGCUUGUCGCAGAAAGCAUUCGGGAAAUGGGAAAGCAAGAUGCAUCAGGAAACCGGCUGCUACUUGAUGUUGGACUAUGGUUAUCUGAAAAGAUCAAGGAUCAUUUUACACGGAAGAUGGUGAUAAAUCUCAAGUACAUAGAUCCAACUUAUAUGAUUCGUGCCAUUCCAAGUAAUGCAUCAGAUAAUGUGUAUUGCACCCUGCUGGCUCACAGCGCUGUGCAUGGUGCUAUGGCUGGAUACACUGGUUUUACUGUUGGGCCUGUUAAUGGAAGACAUGCAUAUAUACCUUUCUACCGCGUAACUGAGACACAAAACAAGGUGGUGAUAACAGAUCGAAUGUGGGCACGGCUGCUGUCCUCUACAAACCAACCGAGCUUCUUGACCUCCAAAGACCACGCCUCGACUCCAUUGUUAGAAGAUACACAUGAUGUGCAUGGUGAGGUCAUUGAAGAAGCAGUUUGUGGUAACAAUUCACAGUAAGUGGGCGACAUGAUGAUCCCUUUGUCAUAAUAAAAUCGUUUUGUUCAUGUAUGAUAGGUCAUAGUUUUUCCUUCUUUCAUCCUUCUUUUUAAACUUUCAACCCUGUGGGCUCUCUCCUCGUGUAUUUAUUUUGCUGAAAUUUGGGUUUCCCUGAUGUAUUUUUCUCUCUCCUGAAUGUCAAGGGUGAGUUUUCAUUAAUCUAUGCUGAUAAAACUCUAGAAGUA